AUGAAGGCCUCUGCACAAUACGCUCUUUGGCUCGUCCCCUACGCCGCGGCCUUUCCCCAAUACGCAAACUUGAUAGCGCGUGCUGCUGAGCGCGCCCCAUACGGCGAGGGCCGUUUUGGUGCCAAUGGUCUUGUCAAGGAGCAUUUUGAAUGGAAAGCUCCAGGACCUGACGACCUCCGCGCCCCCUGCCCCGUCAUGAACACCCUUGCCAACCACGGCUUUAUUCCCCGCAACGGCCGCAACAUCACCCGCGACGUCUUCAUCGAAGCAACCAACAAAGCGAUCAACCUCGACCGUGCCUUCGGGGGCGUCACCUUCGACAACGGCAAGAAAGUUAACCCCAACCCUAACGCUACGUUCUUCGACCUGGACAUGCUCCACACCCACGGCAUCAUCGAGCACGACGGCAGCUUGUCCCGCAAGGACUCUUUCUUCGACCCCACGAACCCCUUUGACGCGGAGACGUUUGACAACUACCUCAGCUACUUGGGGAACGAUACCACCAUCAAUACGACUUCCCAAGCAAACGCCCGAGCAAGGCAAGCUCUCGACAUGAGCGUCCUGAAUCCGGAGUUCGAGAUCACCCAACCCGAAAUCCCCGUCAUAGUGGGCGAGAACGCAAUGCUGCUUAGCAUCUUUGGCAGCCCCCUCGAGAACCCCGUCGCCAGACGCGACUGGAUCGAGUUCUUCUUCCGCAAUGAGAGGUUCCCUAUCAUGCUGGGAUGGACCCCCCCUGCCGUCGCCAUCAACAUGCCUACCAUGGGCGCGCUGAUUCAGGAAAUGAUCGGGCUGAGCCCUUCGGAUGUCCCUCUGACCUUCGGCAAGAGCACUGUCUAG